AUGGAGCCGACAUCAAGCGAAAUCCGUUACGUUUUAUUGAAUCGAUUUAAAAAUGGGGACAAUGCGACUCAGGCCCAUAAAUAUUUGUGUUUUUCUUAUGAUUCUAGUGUAUUGAGUGAAAGGCAAUGCCAAAGGUGGUUUCAAAAAUUCAAAAACGGUCAUUUUGAGGUCAAUGAUAGCCCAGGACGGGGACGGAAGUUGACCUUGGAUAUUGAAUUAUUAGGCCAAAAAAUUAGUGAAAAUCCCCGACAAACGACUCGCGAAUUGGCUACGAUAUUGAAUUGUGCUCAACAAACUAUCGUUAAUGGCCUGAAAAGGUUAGGGCUCACGUGCAAACGUGGAACGUGGGUUCCACACGAACUAACGAGUUCUAAUAAGGAACUAAGAGUUUCAAUAUGUCGAUCUCUAUUAGAACGACAGAAAAUUGACCCAUUUCUCGAACGUGUAAUUACUUGUGAUGAGAAAUGGGUCCUUUAUGAUAAUGUUCAUUGCCAUAAACAAUGGCUACCGAAAGGUCAACUCCCGGUUCCGACCGCUCAACCCGGAUUACACCCCAAGAAAGUUUUGAUUAGUGUUUUUUGGGACUACAAGGGGAUAGUCCACUUUGAACUUUUACCUGAGGGUCAAGCAAUAAAUGCUGAAGUUUAUUGUCAACAACUUGACCGAUUAAAUGAAAAAUUAUCGACUGAAAGGCCAUCUCUGGUCAAUCGCAAAGGGGUAAUCUUUCAUCAGGAUAAUGCUCGACCUCAUACCGCAUCUUUGACCUCUAAUAAAAUUAAAAAUGACCUCAAAUGGGAACUAUUACCACAUCCUCCAUAUAGCCCUGACUUAGCGCCCUCAGAUUAUCACUUAUUCAGGUCACUUGAACAUUUCCUUCGGAAUAAAAAGUUCGAAAAUAGAAGCGCCCUCUACAAUGGCCUUAAGACAUUUUUCGACUCUAAAAGUCCAAUUUUUUUUCGGAGAGGAAUUUUUAAUAUUAUUAAUAGAUGGCAAAGAGUUAUUGAUUCCGAUGGUGAAUAUUGUAUUUAA